AUGUCUGAAUUGACUCACAGAACUAUCAAGGACGGCUGGUUCAGCGAGGUCUCGGACACCAUGUGGCCCGGCCAAGCUAUGAACCUCCGUUGCAACCAAAUCCUCCAUGUCGAGAAGUCCAAGUACCAGGAUGUUCUUGUUUUUGAAUCAUCUGAUUAUGGUAAUGUUCUUGUUCUCGACGGUGUCAUUCAAGCCACUGAACGUGACGAGUUUGCAUACCAAGAAAUGAUCACUCACUUGGCUAUGAACUCUCACCCCAACCCCAAGAAGGUGUUGGUCAUUGGUGGUGGUGACGGAGGUGUACUUCGUGAGGUUGUUAAGCAUUCCUCUGUUGAGGAAGCAGUACUUUGUGACAUCGAUGAGGCUGUCAUCCGUGUGUCCAAGAAGUACUUGCCCUCAAUGGCUGUUGGUUUCCAACAUCCCAAGGUCAAGGUCCAUAUCGGUGAUGGAUUCAAGUUUUUGGAUGAUUAUAAGAAUACUUUUGAUGUUAUCAUCACUGAUUCUUCUGAUCCCGAGGGGCCUGCUGAGUCGCUUUUCCAAAAGCCUUAUUUCCAAUUGUUGCACGAUGCUCUUACCGAGAAUGGUGUUAUCUCCACUCAAGGUGAGAACGUCUGGUUGCACAUGGAUAUCAUCAAGCAGGUCAAGGCCGACUGUAAGACUGUAUUCCCCCAAGUCGAGUACGCUUACACCACCAUCCCUACUUACCCCGGAGGACAAAUCGGAUUCAUGGUCUGUACCAAGAACAAGAGCGCCAACCUCAAGGAGCCUCUUCGUUCCUGGACUGCCCCCGAGGAGCAGGCUUUGAACAGAUACUACAACAAGGAGAUUCACCGUGCUUCUUUUGUUCUUCCCAACUUCGCCAACGCUGUCCUCAACAAAUAA